CCACUUUUUAUUUUUUUUUAAUUUUCUACACCUAGCAGUUGACUGACUGCUUCUUCUGAAAAACACAUCCAAUCCAAUUUCUCUCACUUUUUCUUUUUCCACCUUCACUUUGUCACACAUAAAUAGAGGAAAUUUUUCUCAUCAUAAAUUAUAGGUCAUUAACCAAACAAACACACACACAAGAACAAAAAUAAAUCCCAGAAACAUGGGUGAGCUUCACUCACUGGCUUACACUAGCGGCAGCAGCCUCCAUAACUCUUCCCAAGGUUGGGAUUUUCAUCACAACCUUGGAAUUCUCAACACAGACACAAUGUCUUUAGUUAUGGAUGGAAGCAAUGCUUCGUUUCUCUCAUCUCUGGACUCUGAUUUCUCUACUGGUUAUCUGGAAGAUGCUUUGGUUGAAUUCAGUGAGCAGUCAAAAAGAAGGCGUUUGAUGCUGUACACAGAGGAUGAUCAUCAGAUCAGAGACUCCUCUACUACUACUACUUUUCUUGAUGUGAAGGAUUACUGGAACUCAUCAAAUUGGGAACUUUCUGAGAAUUUCAAUUGCAUGAUGACCCAGAUGACUGGUUUUGAUACACUUUCAGAGCCAAUGAUCACAGAACUAAAAACACCAGAAGAAGCAAAGUCAGUCUCAGAAGGUCUUGAUUCUUCUUCCUCUUCUUCCUACAAAGACUCAGCCAAUACUACCAAGUCUUUCUCUGACAAACAAACCCUAUUUUCCACAGACCCUCCUGGUUGGGAAUUAGAGCAUGAGAGGAAGAAGAAGAGGGUGAUUAAAAGAGUGGUAUAUCCGUUUGCAGUGGUGAAGCCAGGAGGGAAAGAAGGAGAUGUGACGUUGAAUGACAUCAACGAGCGGAUAAUGAUGCCGCCGACGAGGCCUGUGAGGCAUCCGGUGGGGGACUUCGCAUGCCGGCCAUGCGUGUCCCCCGAUGGACCAGGACUUUCUGGGAAAGCCGUGGUGGCCUUGACCAAAAUUCAUACACAAGGGAGAGGCACUAUCACCAUUAUUAGAACAAAAGGUUGAUUUAUAUUAUUUAAUUAAUUAUAUAAAAGGGGGUUGUUAAUUUUCUAUGUUAAUGCUUUGAAUUGUAUAGAGAUGGAAAAGAUAUGUGCAUGUUUCUGCUGGUUUUACUUUUUUACACAUAAUAUAUAUAAAGUUUUUUA